AUGCCUGCUGGCAAAGAGCACUACUUUUUAGGGAAUGAUGAAGUGAAGGAGAGGGGGAGGGUGGCGGCCGAACAAGAAAAGGUUGAUAGAAAACAAAAAGCGUUGGAGAGAUUACGUCGAGAAGCACUUCGACGUGGCAUAAAAAUUGGUCCUGGUUCAGCAUCAGAACCUGAUAUUCUGAUUGAACCACCUCCAGAGCCUAAGUCUGUUACAGAAGCUAAGCUAAGAGCAAAACUUUUGGCAAAACUAAAGUUAAAUGAGGAACUUGAAAACGACGACCAGACGCCUCCGGUACCAGAAAACUUGGCUCCCAAGGAACGUAUUCCACCAAUAUCUGUUGAUACCGUUGUCAAUGAGAUUGAAGGUUCAUCAGCAGCGUCGAAACCACCUUCAAAAAGUGGUAAAAAGAAGAGGGUUAAAAAGGCCAAGGAAAAUGCGAAGAAAAAGCAAGAAGCCAUCAAUGAGUCAAUACGGCCUGUAGACCUAUCCAUUAUAAAAGAGUGCUCUUUUUUGAAGCCUCUCAAUGACAGUUGUUGUUCUUACGAUUGCCAUUGCGAGAAAUUAGCGGCUUUAAAGGCUCGUAAAGAGCGUAUACGGGAAAUACAAUCGCAGUUAUUACGCCCAUCGCCAAAACCGAUGCAAAUGGAUGAAGCUUACUUAAAGGCACAAGAACAACUCAAGAAUUUGACGGCAAUGCGCGAACAUUUAGAACAAUUGCGUGAAAAAGGUGAAGGGCUACCCGAUGAAACAGCAAAAAUUUUAGAAGAACAUUUGGCUGAGGAGGAGGAAAACUCAGCUAAAAUUUGUGACACAACGUCUAAUGAGGGUCAAGGUGUUUAUCGGCUUUAA